AUGUCAAACAAUCAGCAAGAUCAAGCGACUCUGGUGGCAGCAAACCAGCCUGCCACUGAAGGCACACCCCUGCUGGCUGAACAGCCCGCGAAGAAGCCAUACUCGAUUUUUACACCUGGCCAGAAACGGCUCAUCAUCCUAACCGCCGCGCUUGCGUCCAGUUUCUCACCACUUUCCGCUAACAUCUACUAUCCAGCUCUGAACUCCAUUGCUGCAGACUUACAUGUCACUAGCUCGCAGAUUAACUUGACAAUCACAACAUACAUGCUAUGUCAAGGUCUCGCCCCGGCCUUCAUGGGAUCCUUCGCCGACCAAGCCGGCCGUCGACCAGCAUAUAUCCUUUGUUUUGCCGUCUAUAUCACAGGUAAUAUCGCGCUCGCCUUGCAGCACAGCUACCCGGCACUGCUGAUCCUUCGCGCCAUCCAGAGCUGCGGUAGCAGCGGCACCGUCGCGCUCGCUUCUGCUGUGGCUGCAGACGUGAUAACAUCCGCUGAGCGCGGUACAUAUAUGGGAAUCACGUCUCUAGGGAUCAUCCUCGCGCCGUCUGUUGGACCCCUGGUUGGGGGGAUCCUAAGUCAGUACCUGGGUUGGCAGGCCAUUUUCUGGUUUCUUGCAAUAACAUCUGGGGUAUUUUUUGCCCCCCUCCUCAUCUUCUUCCCGGAAACAUGUCGCAGGAUGGUAGGUGAUGGCUCCAUUUCACCAAACGGCUGGAACCAGUCUGGCCUGGCUUGGUACAGACAUUGGCGCAAUCCAGCACCCGCGACUACCAGUCCCCCGGGCCAGAAAUCUUCGAGCAUUGCCCUUCCUAAUCCACUAACCACGUUGCGUCUUCUUUCGCACCGCCCAACCGGGCUCGUCUUACUGUCCAAUGGCCUUCUCUUUGCCAGCUACUACGCCGUCACUGCUGGAAUCCCAUCACAGUUCAAGGAGACCUACCAUCUGAAUGACUUCGCAAUCGGAUUGGUCUUCGUUCCUGCUGGCGUGGGAUCCCUUCUAAGCACAACUUUCAGCGGGCUCCUGCUCGACUGGAAUUAUCGGCGCCUACGGGAGCAGUUUGGGUCUCCGAUUCUCCAAGCGCACCACCACGGAGCAUUUCCAAUUGAGCGGGCCCGAAUCCAAAUUUGUCUCCCAUUGACGCUUCUAGCAGCCUUGUCUAUCCUAAGCUACUCCGCGCUCAUGAGCCUAGCCACGCCGACCCUCUCCCACGCCCUUGUCCUCAUCUUCGCCAUCAGCUUCUCCAUCACAGCAGCCUACAAUAUCAUGAAUAUUCUUAUUGUGGAUUUGUACUACAGUACACCCGCCACAGCUAUGGCGGCGAAUAACCUGGUGCGGUGCUUUCUAGGAGCAGCAGCAACAGGACUAGUGCAUCCAGCCAUGUUUCUACCGCUACACCUAGUACCUACCAUUCCCAAAACCAUUAUGAACUAUUAUCUCCUCAUCUCCCUCCUCAUGCCUCUAGCCAGUACCCAAAUCAUCGACCCUCUUCCACACUAUCCCCAAACCCUCCAUCUCCACUACCCCAACACCCCAUGGAUCCAACCCGGCGACACCCUCCAAAUACUCGACACGAAGCCCCUCCCAAUCCUCAGCACCCAGCAACUCCCACUGCACCAAACCUACAUCAUCCUCUUCCUCGACCUCGACGUCCUCUACAACCACACCACAGCAACCGUCAUCCUGCACUGGUACCAGCCCGACCUAAUCCCAUACCCCAACAACACCAACAUCCUCCUCCCAAACCCCCAAGUCCCCACCAGAAAAUCAGCACCUUACAUCGGCCCCCAACCCCCUACCAACUCUCACCACCGAUACCUCUACCUCCUGUACACUCAACCACCCAACUACACCUUCCCAGAAUGUUUCGAGCACAUAUUCCCCCCUACAGCGGAGGCACGAGCGGGAUUCGACAUGAAGCUCUUUGUAGAUGCAGCGGGACUGGGGACGCCCGUAGCGGGGAAUUGGUUUUACGUUAGAAAUGAGGUGGACUUGCCUACUGGUAGUGGGAGUGAGGGAGGGGUGGCUAUGUCUACGAGUAUGAGUACGGCUACAACGACGACGACUUCGAUGAGGUGGGUUGAAUGCGAUUUGAGCAGCAGCAGCAGCAGCAUUGGUACUUCUGUUCUCACUACCAGUACUUCUAUUGCUGCUACCACUACAACAACACUUCCACCCACCGACUCCCCGACAGAGACCACGCUAGCAAUGAGUAACAACUUCUUCGAAGAAAGCCAGGUCCAGGCCCAGGCCCGACUCAGCUAG